GCUGGAAUACACUGCGAACCGCGGGACGAAGGUGCCAGUGACGUCGGUGAGCGGAAGGCCGGCUCUCACCCGCCGAACGUCGUCCACGACCACCAUCGACUGUGCCUCAUAGCUCCUCCCUUCAUGCCACCUACCCACCGUCUCAUAUCUGUCCCUCUCGUCUUCACGCCAACCCUCAAAUCCAGGUUGACCCCUAGGCACUCCCUCUUCCGUUAUCGCAUGGCCAGUACUUCUGUUUUUGGCCUGAAGGAGUCGUCCUUGAUCCACAAUCAAGCCUACAUCGACGGGAAAUGGAUUGAUGCGAAAGAGGGCGGAGUCAUCAAAGUUACCAACCCCGCUACAGCGAAGGAGCUUGGGACGGUGCCGGAGCUGGGCUUAGAGGAAACUAAGCAGGCUAUAAGCGCGGCUUCGAAGGCGUUCAAGACAUGGAGCAAGACCACUGCAAAGCAGAGGCAUGACAUUCUCUUGAAGUGGUAUGCGCUUAUGCGCGAACACUCGGACGACCUCGCGCGUCUCAUUACUAUGGAGAACGGGAAGCCCUUUGCGGAAGCUAAAGGUGAGAACGCAUACAGUGCAUCGUUCAUCGAGUGGUUCGCCGAGGAGGCGGUUCGGACGUACGGCGAGGUCGUUCCUUCGGCGUUCACGAACAUCCGUAACGUUGUCGUGAAACAACCUAUCGGUGUAGUGUCAAUCUUGACUCCUUGGAACUUCCCCUCGGCUAUGAUCACCCGCAAGCUUGGCGCCGCCCUCGCAGCAGGGUGCACCGCCGUCAUUAAGCCCCCACCAGAAACCCCAUUUUCUGCUCUCGCGCUUGUCGAGCUUGCGACCCGUGCUGGUGUACCGCCUGGCGUCAUCAAUGUCGUGACUACCCAGGCAAACGUAAACGAGGUCGGGCGGGAGAUGUGUGAGAACACGGCCGUCAAGAAGGUCUCAUUCACUGGUAGCACCCCUGUAGCGAAGAUGCUCUAUGGACUCGCCUCAACCACACUCAAGAAGGUCUCGAUCGAAGCGGGCGGUAAUGCGCCGUUCAUCGUUUUCGAUGAUGCUGACAUCGAUGCGGCUGUUGAGGGCGUCAUUGCAUGCAAAUUCCGCGGCACGGGCCAGACAUGUGUCUGCGCAAACCGCAUCUACGUCCAGUCCUCUGUCUACGCAGAGUUCGCUUCACGCCUCGCCGAGAAGGUCGCUGCGUUCAAGGUAGGAAACGGUCUCGACAAGGAUACCACCCACGGGCCCUUGAUUCAUGAGCGCGCGAUUGAGAAGGUCCAGAAGCACGUCGAUGAUGCGCUCCAGCAAGGCGCUCAUCUCCUCUUGGGCGGUAAACGUCUCCCGGGCGCGGGUUCGUUCUUCGCGCCCACCGUCUUGUCGGACGUCCCUCCCACGGCGCUCGUGAACCAGGAGGAGACAUUUGGGCCCCUCGCUGCGCUCACCAAGUUUGAAACCGAGGAAGAGGUUAUUCGAAUGGCGAACGACACGCCCGUUGGGCUUGCGGGCUACUUUUACUCUCGGGACGUGGGAAGGGUCUGGCGCGUCGCGGAGGCGCUUGAGGUUGGGAUGGUUGGGACGAACACGGGCUUGAUAAGCCAGGCGGUCAUUCCGUUUGGUGGGAUCAAGGAGAGUGGGCUUGGACGCGAAGGCGGACAUGGCAUUGAGGAGUACAUGAAUAUUAAAUUCAUCGCGUUUGGUGGCUUGUGAGAGACGAAGCGCAGAGAAGGAUGGACAAAGAAAUGCACACGACCGAGUAUAUACAGGGAUUUUGCUUCAAUUUCAUACCACACCAUGUCUUGAUUCCUGUAGCAUUAGCUUACGUCCUCCUAUAUGGGGCGCGCCCACGAUG